AUGAUGAUCUUCAUUAUGUCAAUAGAGCUGUCCUCACUUCUGUGGCGCCAGCGGUGGUAUCAAGCACUUUCAAAGUGUUGUGGUUGCUGGGCUCGCGGAUGGGGCCCAGUUCGAUACCUCGCCGACCCUUUGGUUGAUACCAUUUGGCGUGGACGACAUUGGAUGUGGGUACGCCGAACGGGAUUGCGUACGUUGUUGGCCAUUCUAGGAACUGGACGUCAGUACGCGUCGCUCAGAGUCUCCGGCCCUCCUCUUCCCAUGUUGAGGUGUGUUGGGAAAAGGAGACUGGUGUCAUGGCAUGGUGAACACCCGGUGCAAGCACGAGAGAGGCCGCCACUCUUCCCAAUGUGUGUAGGGCUGUUAGCCCCUCACGUGCCCUCGCGCCGUUGCGGAUGUGAGAGGACGGCCCGAAUUGCCUCUCGGGUCGGACGUGUCGGCUACAUGGUAUUUAAAUAUAUUAAGAGAAGGCUUUCUGGGGAGAGGUGUGUCUUACCUUGUCUGAGUGUCUCCUCCAGGGCAAGGCUCCUCGGUGGAGAUGGGGAGGGCUUCCCAUGUUCCGCACCACCUCGCGAAUGGUGUUGUCCGGCUCGGGUCGAUGCUGUCGCUGCCCAUCUGGAAAGUCGACGCCCCCCGCUUGUCGUGACACUUUGGUGCCGUCACCCAUAUAGCCCGCGGUGUUUCUCUCUCCCAGAAGCUCGUUGGUGCGCUGCGCUUUAA